AGAUUGGCUACAGAUCAUACUAAUAACCAUUUUAACUUUCCAGUUGAAUUCUGACCUACUUCUACUUGGGCCUGUGUGGAAGACUUCUACUUCCUAAUCUACAAGUUAGAAGCAAAGUCUUCAUACUGUAGCUGUCAAAUAAUGGAAGAUUCAGAUAUGCCUCCUCUGGCAGCCCAGGCUGAGUUUGCAAAUACUUCCAGCACUUUCUGUAAUGGAUCCGGUCUAGUAAAUAAUUCACAGCUUUCAAAUGGCUGCCAACACUUGGGUCAAGAUGAUGACUCAGAGGACAACGAAGAAGACUUUGAUUUCCCUGUAUCUCAAGGGGAAGAUGGAAAGAAGACAGUUGAAGAAUUUAUUGGAAGACAAGAUUGUCAAUGUCUGGGUUGCCCAAAAGUUUUAGAGAAUCCUGAGUCUGUGAUAACUCACAUGUUGGCUGAGCAUCAAUUUGAUUUGAUUAAACUUUGUUUGUCGCAAAAAGUUGAUCAAAUAUCUUAUGUUAAAGUAAUUAAUUUUUUAAGGAAGCACUCCAAUGCAUUAGAUAAAAUUCAGAGUGACACAUUUCAAGUAGCUAAGCUUGAUGACUCUUACAUGAUGCCUCAUGUGAGAGAUGAUGCCUUCCUGAGAUUUGAUAUGGAAGGUCAUCUUGAAUACCUGCACUCUGAAGGCAUUGCUUCAAACAUCUGCAACAGCUAUCAGGUUAAUGGAGAAGAUUCUGAAACCCAUGCCGAGGUUGAGGCUGAACGAGAAGAACUCAGAGUUAUCGUGCGAAAACAGCGUGAAAUGCUCAAAAGGUUUGCCAGUGACAUGCUGGAUAAAUCUGAAUACAAGAAAGAAGAAAUGGUUGGGAUGCGCACCAUUGAAGAUGAUGCUGGAUAUUUUGACUCUUACUCAAACUAUGAAAUCCACCACGAGAUGCUCAGUGACACGGUGCGCACAACAGCUUACCGUGAGGCGAUCUUGAGUAAUGCAUCAGUGAUAGAAGGGAAGCGAGUGUUGGAUCUGGGCUGCGGGACUGGAAUCCUCUCCAUGUUCUGCGCGCAAGCUAAGGCUGCUGCAGUGCAGGCCAUAGACAUGGCAUCUGUGGCAUUUGACGCAAUGGAAAUUAUCAGAACCAACAAGCUUGAUGGAGUCGUCCAGGUGACACGAGGACGUCUCGAAGAUCAAGACUAUCCCAAGAAGUUUGACAUCAUCGUCUCCGAGUGGAUGGGCUACUUCUUGCUCUUUGAAGGCAUGCUCGACUCAGUCAUCUAUGCCAGGGACAGGUUCCUAGCACCUGGCGGCCUCAUGAUGCCCAACCGAUGCACACUUCACAUCAUUGCCAUUGAUGACAAAGAGAUGUACGCUCAGUACAGCCAGUUCUGGAAUAACGUGUAUGGUUUUGACAUGAGCUGCAUAGCCAGGAAGUGGCUCCAGGCUGCUAGCACCAUCACUGUCAGAGAGACUACGAUUGCCACUUCCACAGCUCAAAUAGCCGAGUUUGACCUGAACAAAUGCACCAUCGCCGACACGCAGUUUGUCUCCGACUUCUCGCUCGUCGCCUCGAGAACCACUAGUCUGACCGCCUUCGCGGGCUACUUCAACACCCACUUUGAUUUGCCGCACUCCGUGUCCUUCAGCACCAGCCCCACUGUGAAGACCACGCACUGGAAGCAAACAGUCUUCCUUUUGCCAGAGCCUCUGCCCAUCAACGAAGGUGAUGAGAUGAAGCUUUCAAUCUCUGUGAAGCGACACCCUCACGACGUGCGAGCUCUGGAGGUGAACUUCAAGCUGCCCGACAAGACGCUUCACUACACAGUGGACUAGUGCGCAGCACUGUACUGCACUGUGCUGCGUGCUGAGGCGCGCUAGUGCUGCUGCAGUGCAGGCAUUCCGUAUCGUAGUGUCAUGGCUGACCCUUAAUCAUAUUUAUUGUUGAGUCAAUUUCACCGUUGCAUUAUAAGUAUUGUUUCACCAUUGUUUUGUGUCAAUUUAGCGCGUUUUCGGUAGGUCUCCUGAAACGAAUCGUGAGACAAGGAAUAGCUAGAGCAUUCCCAUGUGCGUACAUAGAUUCAUGUCUAGUUUAAAAUUCAUUCAAAUAGCUCCCCAUUCGAAAUAGUUUGCAACUUUUUUCGCUACUGUUUUACUCUUAUUAUAUGCUAGAGGCCCCUGAGAAUGCGAUAAUUCUAUAUUAUUUAAAACAAUUCCGACUUGAAACUUGCCCCUAGUGUACUCAUUUUCUACCUCCCUCUAGUGUUUCGUUCACUUGUGAUUUUAUUAAUUAUUUAUGUUUUUUGGUGUUUAUACGUACAUUGACAUUACUUUUAACUCUCUCUGUCCCUGAGAGUAGCUAUUUAUUUCAGCGGUGCCUGCCAACGUGAUAGCUUAUUGUUUCUGUAUCGUGAAAGGUGCCUCCAUUCCGUAUGAAGGCGGUAAUUUUUAUGGAUCCAUGAAACGCCUAAGCAAAUAAUGUCCAGAUAACAUCUUUAGGACAUUUGACUUAGACUACAAGCUAUCAAUUGAUCAUCUGCAUGACUUUUUAUGAGAAGCUGUUGAUUUUGUUUUGUGAAAAACAUUUUCGAAAAUUUCUGCCAAAUUAAUCUCGAUGUUAAUUACAAACGACCAGAACUAUAAGAUUCCUAUAUUUCGCAAAUUAUUUCUGAACUGAUGGAUCGAGCGUGAAUACCCAAAUCGAGUUGAAACUGAACGCUUGAGUUCAGUUUUUGUGUUGAUGAAAACAAGCUUUUUAUGUAUAUUUUUUUUAAUUGGAAACCCAACGGGAAUAAAAGAAAGAUAAAUUCAUUGUUCUUUCAUAAGGAAGUGUGAUCCUCGUACACCCGAGCCUGUUGUGGAUGUGUCAGUUUAUCUCAGCUGUCAACUGCAUGCUUAUUAUUCUGCAAUGCAACCAGGGAAGUUUGCGCUUUCUCCGUGUCUAGCUGCUACAGCUGGUCCUGAAGAUUGGCUGUGCUCUUCAAACCCAGUUUUUAUCUGCGAUCUCAAAUUUAAAUUCAGCUUAAUACCAUUUAUUUCACUCAAUAAGUACUUG